UUGGACGCACCAGCGCAAGUUAAAUGGCAGCCUACACAUCUGCCACGCUUGCCUUGUAAAAGUUGCCGUUUUUCAUAUUUUUCUUGUUAAAAAACACGCGAAUUCAUCUGCAACCAUGUCGGGGAGAACAGGCAACAAGCUGCCAAACAAUCUGCCGCAACUGCAGAAUCUUAUUAAAAGAGAUCCGCAGUCUUACGUGGAGGAGUUUCAGCAGCAGUACCGACACUACCAGUCCAAUUUGCAGAUCUUCAGACUGCAGCCUGACAAGCCGAACAAGGAGCUGGCGGAUCUCUCCAUGUUUCUGGCCCAGGUUGCUCACUGCUACCUGCAGCAACUGUCAACCUUUCCACAAGAGCUGCGUGAGUUAUUAAUGAGUCACCACACAGUCCUGCAGCCAGACCUCAGAAUGACAUUCUGCAAGUCGCUGAUUCUUCUGAGGAAUAAAGAUCUGAUCGACCCCUGCGGCCUCCUGGAGCUCUUCUUUGAGCUGCUGCGAUGUCACGACAAACUGCUCAGAAAGACACUGUACUUACACAUUGUGGCAGAUAUCAAAAACAUCAAUGCGAAGCACAAAAAUAACAAAGUUAACACAACAUUACAGAACUUCAUGUACACCAUGCUGAGAGACAGUAAUCCCCUCGCAGCCAAGAUCUCUUUAGAUGUAAUGGUGGAGCUUUACAAAAGGAACAUAUGGAACGAUGCCAAAACAGUCAAUGUCAUUGUAACAGCGUGCUUCUGCAAGGUUACAAAGAUUGUUGUUGCUGGUCUGAAGUUCUUCCUGGGCAAAGAUGAAGAUGAGAAAAAUGACAGCGAUUCAGAAUCAGAGGCGGAGGGGCCAACAGUCCGAGAUCUGAAGGUGAGAUACGCCACUGGCAAGAAAACCACCAAAAGCAAGAAGAAGAUGGACAAGGCAAUGAAAGUCCUCAAGAAACACAAGAAAAAGAAAAGGGUAGAAGUGUUCAACUUCUCUGCUAUUCACCUGAUUCACGAUCCUCAAGAUUUCUCAGAGAAACUCUUGAAGCAGUUGGAAGACUCUAAAGAGCGCUUUGAGGUGAAGAUGAUGAUGAUGGAGUUCAUAUCCAGACUGGUGGGAAUCCACGAGCUCUUCCUCUUCAAUUUCUAUCCCUUUGUCCAGAGGUUUCUACAGCCACAUCAGAGAGGUGGGAAUCACCAGAGACCCCAUGAUUUGGGGAGACCCACAGAGGCGUCAGCAGAGGCCAAGAUCAAAAACUACGGAGAGCUCGAGGCUAAAGAUUAUAUCCCUGGAGCUGAAGUCCUGGAGGUGGAGGAGAUUGAAAAAGAUGGAGAGAAAGAACAAGAUGGCUGGGAGAGCGCCAGUAUCAGUGAUGGUGAUGACGAUGGGGAGUGGGUGGACGUUCACCACUCGGGUGAUGAAGACACAGCAGAAGUGGCGGAGAUUCUUCAGAAUAUGCCAGUUGAGGAAAGAAAGGUCAAAGCGGCGGCGGUCAGCGGCAGCCGGCUCCUCACUCAGGAAGACUUCAAGAAGAUCCGACUCGUCCAGCUGGCCAAGGAGAUCGACAACGCGCCAGGAAAGGGCCAGAAGAGGACAAAUGUGGACCUCGACGAAGAGGAGGACAACAGAGGAGAGGUGCUAACCUUGAGGCAUAUUGAGAAACUGCAUAAGAAACCAAAAGACGACAAGGACACUCGCCUGGCAACAGCAAAGGCGGGAAGGUCAGAACGGAAGGACUUUCAUAAGAAGCACCAGAAGCUCAACCCUUUCGCCAGCACCAGCAACAAGGAGAAGAGGAAGACUAAGAACUUCAUGAUGAUGAGACACAGCGACAGCGUCAGAACUAAAGGCAAACGCUCCUUCAGAGACAAACAGAUUGCUCUACGGGACUCACUCCUAAAAAAGAAGAAGUUGCACUAGAAGGACAUGUUAUGAUGAAUUUGCCUCGUCUGUCAAACAUGGUCAGUUUAUCAAUGUAUUAUUUUCAGCAUAUAACCUGUAUCCAUUUACAAUAUUCUGAAAUAAACAAUAUUUGGUCAUUA